GGAAGCGUUGGCAGAGGCCGCGGGAGGUUGGCGGUGAGCUGAUGCAGGCGGCGCGGCACGUCGUGGUCGCCCUGUCCGGCGGGGUGGACAGCGCCGUGGCCGCGCUACUGCUGAGGCGGAGAGGCUACCAAGUGACAGGGGUGUUCAUGAAGAACUGGGACAUGCUGGAUGAACAUGGAGUUUGCACUGCUGACAGAGACUGUGAAGAUGCUUAUAGAGUUUGCCAGAUCCUAGACAUCCCCUUCCACCAAGUGUCCUAUGUGAAGGAGUAUUGGAAUGAUGUGUUCAGUGAUUUUUUAAGUGAAUAUGAAAAAGGAAGGACUCCCAAUCCUGACAUAGUCUGCAACAAGCACAUCAAGUUCAGUUGUUUUUUCCAUUAUGCUGUGGAUAAUCUCGGAGCAGACGCAGUUGCCACAGGUCACUACGCCAGAACCUCACUGGAGGAUGAGGAAGUCUUUCAGCAGAAGCACAUGAGGAGGCCAGAAGGGCUUUUCAGAAAUCGAUUUGAAGUCAGAAAUGGUAAGUUAGAGCGCCCGGGUCAGACCUUCAGGAUGGGUACACAGAGGAGACUGCUUUGGAGCGUGGCAGCGGGUCCUUGUCUGAGCGCGGCCGCCACGUCUGUGUCUUCCACACUGGCUGGCUGGUCUUGAAAACUACAGUUAUCGGGAGCAGAGCCUGGCU